AAUAUCCCGUCGAAUUGACGCCGAAGAUAUCCGAUCACAAAGGUUCUCCAAGGCCUUAAUUUUUAAGGCAGGAAAUAAUCAAAAUGGGAGCGACAAAACCAGAGAAGGAGAAGAAGGAUAAGAAGGACAAGAAGCGCAGCGAAGCCGAUGGCGUAGGCAAGCCGAAGAAGGACAAGAAAGAGAAGAAGGAAAAGAAGGAGAAGCUUAAGAAUGUCGUAAACGCCGCUAUCGAAGACCAAUUACAAACCGAUAAUGCCGCGUCCGUCACAGUCGUAAAGGAUGGUGAAGAGAAGGUUGCGAAGAUCCUAGUUCCCGUCGUGGGCGCUUUAGUACCCUUCGCGAAACCAUUGGCCGAUGAAAAGGGCACCAAGAAGGUCAUGAAGACUGUCCGAAAAGCUGCGAAACACAAGACCCUCAAGCGCGGUGUCAAAGAAGUCGUCAAGUCCCUACGCAAGUCUCCUACAGCCGGACCAGGCAACACGUCGUUCCCUGGUGUCGUAGUGUUGGCCGGUGAUAUCAGCCCGAUGGAUGUUAUCAGCCAUAUUCCCGUAUUGUGCGAAGACGUCAACGUACCCUACAUCUUCGUCGCGUCGCGUGCUGAACUCGGCGCUGCCGGCAGCACCAAGCGACCUACAAGUGUCGUUAUGGUCACUGAGAAGCGCACAGGUGGCAAGAAGGACGAGAAGAUAGAUGAAGAGGAAGGCGAGGAGUUCGCGGAAGCAUACAAGGACUUAGUCAAGCUUGUAGAGAAGGAGAGCAAGCAACUCAAGUUUACAUAAGCUAGACAUUGAGUCCGUGGUAUCGGUAUCAGAAAACACUUGCUUAGGCUAUGGCCUUAAUCGGUUUAAGAGCGAUGGUUCCGGCUCUCCUCCCUCGUCGUCCUUCUAAAUGUCUAAGGACAUCUAAGGACCACUAUACAUGUAUCUACUGAUUUGGUUAGCCACAUAGGCGUGGCCCCUGGCGUUGGGGGAAAAUACUCAUUUUGCGUCGUGGGAUCAAUGAAAACUGGUUCAUAAUGAAUUUACUGCCGCCAAGACUAACCCAUGCAAAUCACCAAUUAUGACUACUUCGAACUACAUUAUUCCACCACUGCAAAGCCUAGAG